GAUAAUUAAUCAUGCUAGGCAACUAUACAUACACGUCGCACUUCAAAAUCUCUCACCUUUAAUCGACACAAUCUAAUUUAUGGCAAUGCACUCUGUGAGUCGAGAGGAAAUAUAUUUCUCCAACACCUGCCUAAGACGUUAUCUCCUCCUCUUCGCUAUCAUCAGCAGAAUGAACAAAUAAGAAACAUAACCUUUUGAGAACAAAAGAAUACUGCUUAAGUUUAUUUAUUAUUAUUUGCACCUGUUUUAUAGUGUUUAAUUUAAAUUAGAGUCAAUAGUGAAUCAUGUACAACAUCAACAAAAAUUAUCUGCUCUUUAUAGUAGGUCUUUUCAUUGGUAGUUAUCUCGCAUUUCAAGUUAAAUCAAGAAACACAAUCAUUCCAAGCAUAAAUCAAACAUUUAUUGAUCUCCCUAAAAAGCUAGCUUCGCUUAACACUUAUUAUGAGAAUUGGUUUCAAAAUGCGGGUUUUAUACGUAGGAAACACACAAUCGACACAUUACGAUACGGUGAUCAUUUAUUUCGAACAGAAGCAAAGAUUUUAGAACAUCAAAUACCAAUUUUGUGCGUGAUACUUUCAAACAACGAUAAAACUGCCAAAGCGGGGGUUCAUACCUGGGCUAAGGGUUGUACCGACGUGACUAUAGUUAAACUAAGUGGUAGAAAGGGGAAACAUCAUAUACCAAUGAAAAAAACCGCCGAGAAUUCCAAUUGGAAUAAGUUAUGCGGUGCAAUUAAAGAAAUUGAAUAUGAUAAAUUUGAGUGGGUUGUUUUUGUGCAUCAACAAACGUUUGUAUUGUUAGAGAAUUUAAGAUGGUUUGUAGCUAGUUUAAAUCAUACAAAAGGGUAUUAUUUAGGGCAGGCGGAGAGUUUUUGGAACGUACGGUAUAAUUUAGCGCAGGCGGGGUUUGUGCUAAGUCAGGGUAGUUUAAGGCUUUUAAAGGCGGAGUUUGAUGAGGAGAAGGGAUGUAAAGUGGAUAGUUUGAUGUUGAACAAAGAGGAUUUUACAUUGGGUAAAGUUUUAUCAAAAUAUGAUAUAUUUCCUAUUGAUACGCGUGAUCCAGAUGGUUAUUCCACAUUCAACGCGUUUAACUGGCAGCAGGAGUUUUUUCCGGGCGUGAAUUAUUAUAAGAAUUCGAUUUAUCCACGGAAAUGUUGUAGUUCUAGAGUAAUUACUUUUAAAGGAAUUGAACGAGAUAAAUUUUAUAUGUAUUAUUAUUUAUUGUACCAGUUGGAUGUUUUUCGUGAUGGAAAUCUAGGGAACAAGCCAAUGGCCACACCAGCUGAUAAAGAUUAUGUUUGGAAACAUUUUCUUGCUGAACAUGGAGUAUAUCGCAAUGUUUCCGCAGAUGAGUAUUACAAUAUUUGGGCAGAGUCAGGUUUCAAUCCGGAAAUGUUCAAUCGGUUUGAUAACAACUACGAUUAAUGAGUCAACAACGAAUUUUUAAUAAUAAACUGUGAUAAAAUUAACAAAA